AUGGCAAAGCGCGUGCUUGUAGGAUAUGGCAUCGACGUGGAUGCAGUCAGUGGCUGGAUCAAUACUGAAGAUGGCCAUAUACCUGACCUGACCGAUAUAUCGCGUGGCAUCUUCGGCGCGACGGUGGGUAUUGAUCGACUUCUGCGAUUGUGGGACAGAUACGACAUCAAGACCUCGUGGUUUAUUCCAACUCAUUCACUUGAGUCAUUCCCCAACCAGAUGAUCAAGAUUCGUGACGCUGGACAUGAAAUCGGGCUGCAUGGAUAUACACACGAACAUGUCGAUAUGUUAACAGAGCAGCAAGAGCGCGAUGUACUUGCCAAAUCAAUUGAAGCGGUCACCGCCUUCACCGGAAAGCACCCGAAAGGAUGGACUGCGCCAUCUUGGAGAACAUCAAGCCGCAGCAUCAAAUUGCUCGAAGAGUUUGGCCUGGCAAGCAAAUUUGAAUAUGACCACUCCUUUAUGCACCACGAUUCCCAACUCUACUAUGUUCCCUACAACUCUGGUGAACUGGUUGCCACUGACAUCUCGAAACCUGCCGAACAAUGGAUGAGGCCGAUGGGCAAGCUCAGUCUCAGCAAAAUCGUUGAAGUGCCUGCAAAUUGGCAUCUGGAUGACUGGCCGCCUUUUCAACUCACUGAGGGUCCAUCUCAUGGAUAUGUGGAUCCAGACGUCAUUGAACGACUUUGGAAAGCUCAGUUUGAUUUUCUGUAUCGAGAGUACGAUACAUUCGUUUUUCCGAUAUCAAUUCAUCCUCAGGUCAGCGGAAAGCCCCAGGUCAUUAUGCUGCAUGAGAGGCUGAUCGAGCAUAUCAAUUCGCAUGAUGGGGUGGAAUGGUGUACAUUUGCCCAGAUGGCCGAGGAGUUCAAAGAGGGGAGAAUUGGGGGCUUCAAGGUCGAGGGUGGGGUUUAG